UAAACGCAAGCCGCAAAUUUUCUCAGAAGUGCCUCGGAGUCUGCAAUUCACGAAAUCAUGGCCCCUGUAGAUAGCUCACCAACAGCAAAUAUGAACGGUUUUGAGUUGAUAUCCUCGAUAAAAUCAAACGAUACAAUUCCGGUGCACAAAUACAAGUCCACAAGAACAGGCAUAACCGUUUUCAUUGCUGAAGUUGAUGGCCCAGUCGUCGGAGGGUACUUCUGCAUCGCAACUGAAGCCUUCGACGAUGACGGUCUCCCGCACACCCUUGAGCACUUGGUGUUCAUGGGCAGCGAGGAUUACCCCUACAAAGGAGUCCUGGACCUCCUGGGGAACCGUUGCCUGGCCUCUGGCACCAACGCCUGGACAGACACCGACCACACGAACUACACAAUGACAACAGUAGGCAGCGAGGGAUUCCUCACCCUCAUGCCGAUCUACCUGGAUCACAUCCUCUUCCCGACCCUCACAGACACCGCCUUCCUCACCGAGGUCCACCACGUCAACUCCGAGGGUGAGGACGGUGGGGUCGUCUACUGCGAGAUGCAGAGCAAGGAGAACACUGGCGAGAGGCUCUCAGCAGUGGAGCUCACCAGGUCAAUCUACCCGGGUAAAUGCGGCUACAAAUCAGUGACUGGAGGAGUAAUGAAGAACCUGCAGGAGAGCACGAGCAACGAGAAAGUGAGAGCCUUCCACAAGGAGUACUACAGGCCUGAGAACCUCACGAUAAUAAUAACAGGACAGGUGCACCACGCCGAGGUGUUCAAAGCCCUGCGUCCCCUGGAGGACAAGAUCAUCUCGAAAGGGAGUCGAGGGCCCUUCCAGCGGCCCUGGCAGAGUCCAGUCCCGGCAUUCCCAGAGGACACAGAGCAGGAGAUCCUCUACCCCUGUGACGACGAAGACAAUGGGCUGGUGUCAGCCGGCUGGAGGGGUCCCUCUGGAGUCAGCGAGCUCUACGAUUUAACAGGCUGUUCCCUCCUCCUGAAGUACCUCACCGACAACUCCGUGAGUCCUCUCCAAAAGGAAUUCGUGGAGAUCGACGACCCCUACGCCUGCAACGUGGACUUCUACCUGAUCGAGAAGUCGGCGUCGAUGCUGUACCUGAUGUUCAGUGGAGUUCCCCUCGAGAAGAUUCCCCUGGUGAAGAAUCACCUGAAGAAAGUAUUAACGGACGUCUGUGGUGAUAAUGGAAUUGACAUGAAGCGAAUGGCAACUGUCAUCCACAGACACCAGCUGGAGACCCUGAGCAACCUCGAGAACAUGCCCCACGACGCCAUAGCCUUCAUGCUGAUUGGCGAUGCCCUUUACGGACGUGACAACAAGGACCUUGAGCACAGGCUGAACGCCAUCGAUACCCUGAAGAAGCUGGCAGUUGAGCCGGAGUCCUACUGGAUAAAUCUCCUCAAGAAGUACCUCAUCGAUGCACCAAUGGCUGUGGUGAACGCCCGACCCAGUAUCGAGAAGCAGAAGGAAAUUGCUGACGGUGAACAGAAACGAUUCGCAGAGAGGAGGCAAACUCUGGGGGAAGAGGGACUGAAAUUAAAGGAGAAGGAGAUCCAGGAGGCAGUGGCCAAGAACGAGGCGCCCAUCCCUGACGAGGUGCUCACGUGUGUUCCAGUCCCAGGGACUGACUCCAUCAAUUUUCACAAUGUCAGGAGCUUCGUUUGCGAUGGCACCGAGCAGCAUUCGCGAUUCGAUCUCAAGAAGAUUCCACUCUACAGCUGUUUGGAUCACGUCAAUACUAAUUUCGUUUAUCUUUUUGUUGUGAUGAAUACGUCGGGACUGGCCAGGGAGGCCAGGAGGUAUCUCCCUCUGAUUCUUGAGGCCAUUGGGGAGUGCCCCAUCGAGAGGAAUGGGACGCUGAUACCCUACGAGGACGUUGUUGCUGAAAUUGAAGCUGAUACAAUCGCUGUGGACUCGAGAAUGGGCUUCGAGGGAGUCUCCAAGUUCGCUUGUGGGGCUUACAGUCACAGCGUCAAUCUCAUGCUGCAAAUCGAGAUGUCCAAGUAUGGAAAGGGGAUUCAGUGGAUCAGGGAGCUCCUCUACGACACCAAGUUCAAUCCCGAGAGGCUCAAGAUCAUUGCAUCUAGGAUGCUCAAUGAGAUUACAAUCUGCAAGAAGAAGGGGCACAAGAUCUGUGGGAAUCUCAUGAGGGGGCUCAUGUUCAGUAAGGAGAGCAAUCACUUUAAUGCGAGCCUCAUGAGGCAACAGAUGUUCCUCACGAAAAUUGUGGAGAGACUGGGGGCCGGUCAGGGGCAGGAGAUUGUUAAGGAGAUCGAGGAGAUUGUCAAGAGCUUGACGGAUCCGGGGAAUAUUCUCGUUUAUAUUGUGACCAAUGUGGAUAAAUUGAGCAAUCAUGUUAAGGAUCUUUAUAGUCCGUGGGGUGUGCUGAAGGUGGGGGACGUCGAGAAGAAGAAACUGGAAGUCCUGCCAGACUGGAAGCUCGUCAAUUCCAAGGAGGAAAUAAAACUCCAGGGAUGUGUUUUGGGACUGGGAUGUGUGGAUUCAGCAUUUUUAUCCCAAACUUGCUCGUGUAUUAAUGACUUCGAAGAUCCGGAUUUGGCACCACUGCUCGUUUGUCUACAGUAUCUCACGCAAUUGGAGGGUCCAAUGUGGAAGCAAGUUCGUGGUCAAGGCCUCGCUUAUGGCUGCAAUAUCUACGUUCGACCUAAUGAGGGACUCAUGUACUUAACUUUCCAUGCAUCUGCCAAUAUCGUUGGAGCUUAUAAGGAGACAAAAGCUAUUGUCGACAGCCACAUUUCAAACGACUCCUGGGAGAGAACUCUCUACGACAGUGCAAAGUCCUCUCUCAUAUUCGAAAUCGUCGAGCGAGAGAAGAGCGUGGGUGACACAGUAUCCCAGUCCCUCCUCUCAUACUUCAAGAAUGUUUCUCACGAUUACAAUCGCCAAAUGGUCAAGAAGAUCUACACCGUUGGCUUCAAAGACCUGAGUCGAAUGGCGAAAAAGUACAUUAAACCACUAUUCGAUCCAGAACAAUGCAAGACUGCCGUUGUGUGUCAUCCAUCCAAGGUCACCGAAGUUUCUGAUGCCUUCAAAAGUUACAAUCAGAAUCUAGAAGUGUACACAUCCCUGGAGAACAGUUACCUCAACACCUGGUGAAUGCACCCAAUCUCCUUCAGAAAAUCUGUUUAAAAAUGUCGGGUAAUGCAUCGCUAAAAUGUACAAAACCAAACGUAUUGCGUAAGUACGUCACGAUUAUGAUUUCAAAAUCAGCUUUGAUGUACACACGUGCCAUUCAUGAAGAAAAUAAUUGAGGAUGCAGGGAAUUUUCACUCUUGACAAAUUGAAUGGAAUUGCACUGGCCUGUAGAGCACAGAAUGCUGAAUAUUUUUGAAGGAGUUAAUUAUUUAUACACUGAGCAUUUACACUUUAGCAUUUUACAGAAAUUGAACGAGUUCUCGAUAUCAAAUUCAUCUGGCGCAAAUCCAAUUUCGUCAGGAUGAAUUCCUAUUUGGAUUAAUUUUGAUAUAUUUUAAUAGAUAAUUGAUAUUGAAUACUAAUUGUCAAUGAAAUAAACAAAAUUGAAAUUAU